UCUGGCAUUGACAGACAGCUGACAGAAUGGCGUAAACGAUUCUAGUGACGUUUUUGGAUUGUUUUUGCAUUUCUUUCUUGUAAUAAAUAAAACAAGACCAUUAUCAUAUCAAACUGAGUUAAAUUGAUAGAUAACCAGACAAAGAAUAAAAAAACAGUGCCCAUGAUUUAUAUAUUCAGCGCUUGAGACUUAGAUAUUCCCAUUUUACAUUUAUCGGUCGUUUUAAAUAUUAAGUUAAUUAAAACUAACAAUGGGUAUCUUUGGAACCUCGUCUCCAUUUGAUCAGGAUGUAGAGAGAGCGACCAGCGAGAACAACACCAGCGAGGAGUGGGGCCUCAUCCUGGAGAUCUGUGACCGAGCGGGCUCCGGGCCCGCCGCGGCCCGGGACUGUCUGCGGGCCGUGCUGCGGCGGCUCGGACACGCCGACCCGCACGUGCAGGUGCACGCCGCUACUCUCCUGGACGCGUGCGUCGCUAACUGUGGCCGUGUUUUCCACCUCGAAGUGGCGUCGCGGGACUUCGAGGCCGAGUUCCGUCGCCUGCUGUCUCGCGCCCAGCCUCCUGUCGCCGGCCGUCUCCGCGCUCUGCUGCGCAAAUGGGCCGAAGGAGAGUUCCGCGACGAUCCCCAGCUGGAUCUCAUCCCCUCCCUCCACGUCAAGCUAAGCGCGGAGUCCGGCGAGCGCGUGUCGUCGGCCGCCGCGCCCGCAGCCGACGCUCAGCGUGCGAUGACCCAGUUCGCCAGUGCUAAAACGACCGUCCUAACGGCGGCAGAAAGGCGUGAACAAGAGGAGCUGGCUCGCGCCAUCGCAUUGUCGCUGCGCGAUUCGAGUGGGUCCGGGGGGGCCGCGGGGGCCGGGGCGGGGGCCGCCGGGGGCUCGCUGUAUCCGCGCGUGGAGGCUGAGACUGUCCCCACCCCGGUAGCGAUGAAGGUGCGCGCCCUAUACGAUUUCGAGGCGGCCGAAGAUAACGAGCUUACUUUCCUAGCGGGAGAAAUCGUUCACGUGACAGACUCCAGCGAUCCUAAUUGGUGGAAAGGUCACAACGAGCGAGGAGAGGGUCUCUUCCCCGCCAACUUCGUCACGUCCGACCUCACCGAGCCCGCGCCCGAAUCCGAGAAUCGAUCGAACUCGGGCAAGACGGUUCAGUUCGCGGAGAGCGCGGGCGGGGCCGAGCAGCCCGCGCGUAUCGACGAGGCCGUCGUGGACGAGGCCCUGGCGCUGCUGCACGAGGCUGACCCCGCCGCCGACGACGCCACCGGGCCUCGCCUGGCCCGCGCCGAGGCCGCCGCGCACGCCAUGGGUGCUCUAGUGGACGCCGCACUGGAACGCGCGGACCGCCGCCACGCUCGCCUCACGCAGCUCAGCGCCGACCUCGUGGACGCACUCAACCUCUACCACGACCUGAUGCGCGCGCCGCCCACCUUCCUCCCCCCUAUGCACUACGCCCCCGGCCCGGCCGCGGCCACCCUGCCCCCUCCUCCCCCCGGCGCCCUGCUCCCCGGCCCGCUGCCGUCCCUCGCCCCCCACCACCCGCAGCCGCCGCGAUGUUGAACGACCGCCGUCGGCGCGAAACGGCGAAUGUUAAAAAAAUAUAUAUUCUUCAUUCCUUCAACUUCUGUUUAUAAAUUGUUGCGAUGUUUGCGUACCUAGAAUAUUAAUAUAUUGAUUAUUUUUUA